AUGGAUCUGAUUCAAUCACCUGAGACUGCAGACAUUCAGCCACUGACUCCCUCUGUCCCUGUUCCUCCCACCCUGAGAGAUGGAGAGUGUUACCAUGUCUUCAUUAGCUACAGCAGCACUGACUACCAGUGGACCCACCGCCUCAUCGACCAGCUGGAGGCCUGCGGCCUGCAGGUCUGCUACCAUGAUCGAGACUUCCUUCCCGGCCGCACCGUGUUGGAAAACAUGUCCGACUGCAUCCAGGAGAGCCAGAAGGUCCUGCUGGUUCUCAGCCCAGAGUUUGUGAGGAGCCGCUGGUGUCUCCUGGAGGCCAACAUGUCUUUGUUCAGAGACUGCCUGGAGAGGAAGCCCAUCGUCCCAGUGCUGCUGGAGCCAGGAGUCUCCGUUCCUCUCCACCUCUGCCACCUCACCUACCUGGAGGCCAACGACCCCGACUUCAAGAAUAAGCUGCUCAAGGUGCUCUGCACCCCCAACCAGCAGCUUCAAGGGUCCACCGUGCUGCCCUUCCAUCCUCCCUCCAUCUACAACGGGAAGGCCCUGCAGCCGUUGGAUGCUGUGAAUGAAGAGAGUCUCAGUAAAUGGGAUUGUGGUCAGUUCAGUGACAUGGAGGUACCAGACCAGCUGCGCCUGAUCAUCGAGGACCAAGAGAAGUACAGAAAGGCUGUGAGGACGAUCAACAGUGUGUCUCAAAAUAAAGUAUGGUUCCGCCCCGUUUGGGUUAGAGUAUUGAUUUACAUUAUUGGCAUAAUAUUUUUUUCCUUUUUGGUUACAUGCAAUGUAUUUUCAAUGAGUGUAUUAGGAGACUAUUCAAAGGGAUUCACAGACUCUGUUGUAUUUGUGCUUUUUAUUUUGAGCAUUUACUUGGUUCCAUUGGGAUUGAUUAUUCAUAUCUGUCUCUGGAAGAAUGAUGAUGAAAAGUACAUAGUGAGGGAAAUGAAAAAAGCUAUUGGCCAGGCAAACAUCAUCCUCUCUGAGGAGAAAGUGCUAAUGGGCCGUCGGUCCAACUCAAAAAUCUCUCUGGUGUAUGUUUCUCUGGACCGUUGCAAACAUGAGUUUGCAGAAACGUUUUCCGAUCAGGUUUGUGCUGAAGAUUUGUAUCAAAGAGCUCUGCUGCACUUCUCAUCAGGUUACGCCUGCUGCGUUGCUAAAAGACACUUCCCCUUUCCUCAGCCCAGCUCCACCGGUCACCUGGAGGGAGGGGUGUGUUUCUGUCAGUAUGUGUCCCAGCAGCUGAGUGUGGACCAAUGGGAGUAGCAGUGUCCACAUGUGGGACCUAACUAUUCCAUAAUAACUGGAUCAUCAUGAAAUGUCUGCAUUAGUAUAAAAGCCACUUAGUCCCACUGAAGGCACAGCGACUGUAUUCAUGUUAGCCCUCAGAUAUCAGAAUGAGUCUCUUUCACAAACCUUCACCUGCUUCACAAAAGCAGAACUGUGAACAGGAUGUUUCUCAUCUCUUACUUCCUGACUUUACUUUCAGUUCUUUGCCAUCCGCACCAUGCGAUCUCUCUUCAUUGUAAUUGCUGGAAUUAAGGUUGUCUAAAACAGAAACAUCAAUCGAGGUAUGAAAGCUUCUGUGUCCUCAAGCUAUCUUUUGGGUGAAUCCCCUUCCUGAUUGACGUGUUCUUCUGUUAUUUCCAAUGUGUAUGUUUCUUUAUAUCUUGAAUGUUUAAAACUCUGAGAAACAGUGUCUCUGAAAAUAAAGUUCUCCCUUUCUGCGCUGCAGUUAUGAUGUUCAUUUCUGUUGGAAUAAUACUUCUUCCUUUGUUUGCUCUAUCAACAUAUAUGAUAGUUGUUUUUUUUGGUGAUGAAAGCUUAAAGAACAAAACUCUUUGGGCGUUCAUUUUUUGUAGUUUGUAUUGUUUAUUCUUUGGGACAUUGACUCAGCUUUGUCUCUGGGGAAAGGACCAAGGGAAGCACAUAGUCCGGGAGAUGCAGAAAGCUUUGGGCCAGGCAAACAUCAUCUCUGAGGAGAAGGUGUUAAUGGGCUCUCAGUCAAAUUAAAAAAUCUAUCUGGUGUAUGUUUCUCUGGACCGCUGCAAACAUGAGUUUGCAGAAACGCUUUCUGAUCAGGUUUAUCCUGAAGAUUUGUAUCAAAGAGCUCUGCUGUACUUCUCAUCAGGUUACGCCUGCU